CUCACAUCCAUCCUCCCAGCAUCCAUAGGUUUUCUUCCAGGAAGCGAGGAUGCUCUACAGGAAUGCCUGCAAGAUAGACCAUUGUUUUUGUGUGUGACUAUACAGGACGGGAGCUAGAAGAGAGGAAGAAGAGGGUGGCUAUACGCGACGAAGAAGAAGGACUGCGAGUUGCAGCCAUGGCCGCGAAAGAGAUCACCGCUUUCGGCUUCGUGUGUGUGAACAAGGACAUGACAGAAAGCAUCAGGAAGAUUAUUGAGAUGUCGUCCAUCAAGUUCAUUUGCGGAAUUAAGCUCGACACCAAGGGUGGUAAAACAGAGGACAGAAUUCUGGUGCUGACCACGUGGCGUCUGUACUUCCUGGCGCCCAAGAUUCCUGCCAAGGUCGAGUCCACAUUUAACUUCUUGGAGAUCCGAGCUUUGAAUUCUCACCCUGAACACCAGGUCAGCAUCGACACUGACAAGUCCAGCUGCUCCCUGCGGUUCGAGUCACGUGACCACCUCAACCAUGUGGUCAGCCAUAUCAACUACGCUCUCUCCCGAAUAUUCAACAACUCUGUAUUUGCCCCAUCCAUCUGCCACUCGGACAGCGACCUUUCCGACGGCAGCAGGAAGUAUUCACCCAGUUCGGAGACGUCGGUGGAAACCCAGCGGGCGUGCGGAGGCUUUUCAGAGACGUACGCCGCAUUGUGCGACUAUAAUAGCAUCAGCUGCAAAGAGGAAGUGCAGUGGGACGUGGACACCAUCUACCACUCCCAAGACAACCGAGAGUUCAACCUGAUGGACUUCAGCCACCUGGAAAGCAGGGAUUUGGCGGUGAUUGUAGCUUCGGUGGCAUACAACACGUGGUUCACUAAGCUGUACUGCAAAGAUCUACGAUUGGGGUCAGAAGUCACGGAGCAGGUCCUGCACACAGUGAGCAAAUCAUCCAGCUUGGAGGAGAUCACACUGGAGAACGCCGGGUUAAAAUCAGACUUCCCACAGAAGAUGUCGGCUGCUCUGUCUGAGAAUCCCGCCUCUGUCAUCCACUCGCUCAACCUGGCCCACAAUUCUCUGGACAACCAAGGCAUGGCCAACCUAAUCCAGCAGAUAUGUCGCCUCAGCAAGGGUCUCCGCCUCCUCAACCUAUCCAAGACCUCGCUCACCUCCAAAGGGUUGAUGUCGCUCUCUCUGGCUCUGAACUCCAGCGACGAGUACUCCAACUCACUCCUACACCUGGACCUGAGCAAGAACCCAGGGGUCCUUUCUGGUGAUGAUGCCUCGAGCUUGUAUCUCUUCCUGUCGCAGCCCAACUGCCUGGUGCAUUUGGACCUGUCAGGCACAGAUUGCUGUGUGGACUCACUAUUUGGGGCUCUUCUGAGGGGGUGCUGUGCUGAUCUCGCCUUUCUGAAUCUUUCCAAAAACUCCUUCUCCCACAGAAAAGCAAAGGACACACUGCCUUCAUUCCGUCAGUUCUUCAGCUCUGCCUUCAGUCUCACCCACGUCAACCUGGCUGCCAUGAAGAUGCCCCCAGAAGUCCUCAGGGCUCUCCUAGCGGGCUUAACAUCCAACCCCCACAUCAACGACCUCCACCUGGACAUCAGCGGCUGUGAGCUACGAUCUGCAGGAGCGGCUGUUCUACAGGAGCUCUUCCCCAGAGUCUCCUCCAUUGGCACUCUAGAUAUCUCCGACAACGGUUUGGAUGCAGACUUGCUCACGGUGCUGCCAGCCCUAUCCAGACACCCUUCCCUGAAACACCUUCAUCUCGGCAAGAACUUCAACAUCAAAAACAGGGUUCUGGAUGAAGUCCUGCAGAAACUGGUGCAACUCAUACAAGAGGAGGAAUGUGCUCUGCAGACUCUGUCGCUCACCGACUCGCGUCUCCGCUCUCGAGGCACGGUCCUGGUCAACGCUCUGGGCAGCAACACCUGCCUGAGAAAAGUGGAUCUGAGUGGAAACAACAUGGACGACAUCGGCGCCAAGAUGUUGAGCAAAGCCCUGCAGAUCAACACCACAUUACGGAGCGUGACAUGGGAUCGCAACAACACCUCCGCAUCAGGAUUUUUGGAUGUAGCCCGAGCACUUGAACAUAAUUUCACCCUGCAGUAUAUGCCUCUUCCUCUGAGUGACAUCAGCCAGGCGUAUCGUAGCACCCCUGAGAGGACAGAGCAGGCAUUGACCAAGAUCCAGCGGGCAUUAGUGAGGAACAACCAGACUCAGCGCUUUUCCCAGCGUCAGGCUCUGCGGCUGCACCAAGGCCUGGUCACCAGCACCGCCGAGCAGGUGAUGGAGCGGCUGUGUGCACGUGUCCAGCAGCAGGUGUGCAUGCUGCGAGGUGUUGGAGAGGUGGAGGACAUUCAAGCUGCCAAACAAGUGCUGAAAGAGGCCAGGAAUUCCCGUGCGCUGUACCCCUCACUGUGCGAGCUGGCCCACGUCCUGUCCGUAGAUGGGCCAGUGCGUCAGAAGCUGGACUCGUUGGCUGGUGAUCUUGCCAAAGCUGCAGACAAAGAGCUUCAGGUGAUUGUCGACUCCAUGGUGUCUCUCUGCCGUGAGCUUUGUCCUUUGUCGUCUGCUGCAGCAGAACAGCUAAGCCCGCCGCUUUCAUCUGUCUCAGAGCGUGUGUCCAUCCCACGCUCCGCCAUCCGCACGGCCCUGACGGAACGAGCAGCGCAGGACAUUCACCGAGCUUUAGAAGAAGUCAAGCUGUCUGUGGUCUCCUAUCUCACCAACUCCAUCGUGGACCAAAUCUUGCAGGAGCUCUACGCCACCCACAAGACGUUGACCAGACAGGUGUCUUGUCAUGUUAAGCGCUGGGAGGGGAUGUCUGAGGAUGGGACAGGCUGGAGGUUCAACAAGCAUCGGGACUCUCUGGACAUCAUGGAUGAAGAGCUCGGCACCAGCAUAGACACAAUAGCCAUUAAGAAGCGCAGCUCGAGAACAAGACGGAUACGUCCUGUCUCCACCAGGCUGAGCCUCUGUGACGACUCCAGCUCCUCACCACCCCCUUCCAUACCACCCUACUCCACACCACUAUCCCGUUCUGCAUCCUGGGAAGGUCUGUCAGAGCUACCCACACAGGGACUGCCUCUCCAUCACGUGACACUAGUCCGUCCGAGGCCUCCGCGGAGGCACAAAGGAGGAUACCUACCCGCCGACAUGCAUUGCAGUGAAAAUGGAGGACUAAGCCCUUUGGAUGAUGGACUGCCAGAUUUCUACACUAAAAGAGUCCUUCCUGAUAGUCAGCUGUCCUCGCUGCACACCACACACUCCCUGAGGAGGAAGAAGAGGAGGAACAUGCUGGCCAUCUUUGGCUUCCGCAGAAACCGCAACCAAACGCUGUCCAACCAGGAAUCGGAGUUUGACUAUUAUGCCGAUGGGAGUCACACCGUGGCCACAGCACCCACAGGGACUGCCACAGAGAAUGUUUACACUCUCCUUCAGCCUCCAAGGUCCGCCACCAGGGCUGCGUCGCCCGGAGACGGGGCUGAUGGGAAAAAUACUCUUGUUUUGAGUCCUCCGCCAGUGCCAGGCAUGCCACACCCGGGCAUGGGAGGAAGCAAACACCCCUUUUACUCUCCUACUGAGAGAUCAGAAAAGGAUGCUGUGCCAGAACAGUCGACAGAGGUGGACAAGUACUGGGCGGACGACAAGCAGAGGACGAGCGAGGUGCUUCAGGCGGAGAAUCUUUGGAUGGACAGCAGGCGGACUAAUCAACAUGUGGAGAAAUCGGCAGAGAGACGGCGCUCGGAUGAGAAACUGCACGAAAGAACUUUCGGAGAAGCGAGAACCAUGGACAAGCAGUGGACUGAGGGCAGACAAAUGGACAGACAGUGGACCGUGGACAGACAUACACAAUGGCAGAUCGAUAGAAAGAUGGAAAAACAGUGGAUGGGCGGCAGACAGAUAGACCGCUCGUGGUCAGAGGGCAAGCAGACGGAGGUACAGCCUGACCCUCAGUGGACGGAUAGAAGUGGCUGGAGGACAGACAGACCGGUCCAGGCACUUCAUUACACUCAAAGGCCACUACCCCCGUACCCGUCAGACAGAACACCUUCACCUAAGCAGGAAGUAAACAUCGGAGUCGACACACAGGGGGAAAGACGUUUAAGUCCAGAUGCUGAAGGAUGGAGGAGCAGCAUUGGAGGAGCCUACACCGUGCGACCUGCCCCCUGUGGGGCAAAACCCGAACCCCCACCUCAAAGUAGCAAGCCCAACUUGUCCAAAGUGAGGCCCCGACAUCGCCUGGAGAGCUCUGACACGCUACCUGAGGAGGACGGAGAUAUAGAGGAGGAUCCUGCCAAACUGGACAAGAGGAGAAGAGAUCUAGAGAGUCAACCACCCCCCAUUCCUGAAAAGCCAAAGACAACUUCAUAUGUGACCUUCCCAAAAGAAUCAGCCAUGGAUAGGAGCUUGCCCCCUCCCCCAGUGCCCCCUCCAGUCAGCAGGCCUCUGCUGGGGCUGCCGGACAGAGCCGCAAGUCAAGGUGAAGAGGGACUGAGACCGCAGGCGCCCGUGAAGCCACAACGGAACCGAAAAGCCAUGUCAUGCGAUGCAGGCACUGACAGGGAAAGCCCCAAUAACAUUGAGAAGCCCCCAAAUCGCAAACCCCCUGAGAAAAAACCUAGACUUCCCCAAAACAGAAAUAAGUCACUGGACUUGUCUGACUGCUUCAACACAGGACCGGGUCACAGUGAGCUGGUGUGAUGAUGACCUUUCAGCAUUUCCUUCAAAGUGUCAAUCACACACGCCCAUACACUCUAUUUGUGCCGCCUGCCUCGUUUUAACAGUGUUUGCUUCAGAGGACCCAUCAUCAUUAUCACGCAUCCCUCGUCUUUUGGGAGCGCUCCACUUGUGGCUUGUAAAGAGUCUUUUUUUUUUAAAUUUUAUUAUGAUUAUUAGAAUGUGAUUUCUACAACUUGAGUGCAUUUUGAGCUGCUUGACACAGCCAGCUGAUUGCCUUGGUCCACACUUGAACAUGAGUUGCUUCUUAUCAGAUAAAACUUGAGGAUUUAUAUUAGAAAGUUAAUAAUAUAUUUUAUAGAAAAAACAAUAUUGUCUAUGAGCACCCCUCUCAAACACACACUGUAUGAAUAAAACUCAAAUGGAUGAA